AACAGCCCUUCUAGCCAAAGAAGCUGCCAACUUCCGAUGCAGCAGCCUAGUCAGGACGCCUUUUUGUUAGGCAGCUCUAUGGCCAAGAGUCCCAAUGGCCCUUUCUCGGCCCUAUGUUGGCAGCUAUGGUCAUCACUGCCUUUUGCCUGAUAUGCUGGCUCACCGCUGCCAAGCCGCCAAAGUGUUUCACCAGGCGCUACUUCAUGGCUGAGACGCCAGAUGUGCAACAAAGCAUUGCGCAGCAGAUCAGGGAGGAUUCGGCUCUGGGUCCAAAUCGUGAUCAGCGUGGCUGUUUGCAAGCUGCUGGGUUUGUUUGGUGCGAAGGAAUUGGGAAGUGCAUCAGGCCUUGGAAGGAGUCGUGCCCUGGUGGAACCGAAUUCUGCCGCAACUAUUGCUUGACCUCGAAAAAACAGAACCCAAACAAGUUGAGGACUGUGCACAGCAUUCGUUGUGGCUGUCAUGGGUUGGAAGAUUUGAAGAUGAUGACCUCAACCACACGAGGAGUGUCUUGAUGCAAAGACGGAACAGAAUAUUGUUUCACACCCAAUUUGCCGGUACAUCGCUUAUUUGUUUCACGGGAAAA